UCAAUUUCCUUCGUCCUUCAUCAAAAUUCCUAUCAGUUUAUGUAUUAAUAUUUUGUUUGUUAAAAUUUGUUUUAUAUACAAAAAAAACUAGGCGCCAAAAAAAACAAUUUUCAUUUAAUAAUAUUAUUUAUUCAAUGUCUCCAAAAAUAAACUAAAAACACACACAAAAUGCCAUGUUAUAUGUGCAAAACAAAAACUGGUCCAUUUCAAAGAUUAGAAAAAGCACGAAUUAAUUUUAUUCGAAUAGCUCAACCAGAAUUUAAGGAUGAUUCAUAUUUAUGUUUAAAAUGUUUCAAACAAUUCGAAAAAAUUUAUCAAUACAAAAAAGCCACAAACUCAAGUCAACGAUCUUCAACUUCAAUCACAAAUGGUUCGAUUAAAUCAGUCUCAUCAAAGACAAAUAGUAGCAAAAAUUCAACUCGAACCAAUGUCACAGCUAUACAAACUUCAGAUGGCAAUAAUAAUGCAAAUAAUAAUAGUUCUAGCAAUGUUAUUCAAUUUGAUUCACGUUCUUUAACUUCGAAUGAUACAAUCGAUAAGAUUGUUCAAAUGGAACCUGAUUAUUUGUCACUAAGAGAUUCAAUUCGUAAGACAACAAAAAACCCGGAGCUAAUUAUGGCUCGACGACAAGCUGAAGCUGCUGUUAGGAGAGUAUUAGAACGACAAGAAGAAGAAAAUAACUCACCUCCAGUUGAAAGUGGUUCGGAUAUUGUAAUUCCAUUUGAUUCUCGUUCAGUGGAAGAUUCGAUCGAUUCAAUAGAUCGAAUUGUUCAAAUGGCAGAAGAUACAUUACAAAGCGUUGUCAGAGGUGGACCAGUGAAGACACAUCAAGAAGAAGAAAAAACAAAGACGACGCCAACUCCAGCACGUAAACGUCGUUUAGAAAUUGUCGAUGAAGAAGAUGACGCUAAUUCACAAGAAGACAUCGAAGAGAUACAAUUAAGUCCAACUAAUUUGGCUCAUGUUCGACCAAUUGUUAGAAGACGAAAAGAACCAGUUGUUCAGCAGUUUGAUGAUAUUAUGGAUAUUUAUAUAGCAAGGACUUCGGGUGGAUGAUGGUCUUUCUCGUUAUAUAGACGACAUAAUUGUAGACAAUUAUUAUAAUAAACUUUCAAUUUUUUUUUUGUAUUUGAUAAAAUUACAUGAUGUUUGUUAUUUAUUAAUUAAUUAAAUUGAUUUUACAUAAUGAAAUUUUUA